UCCCACUUCAAAGAAGAAAAAAAAGCAAGCGCUUCCGUCCCCGUACCCUUCCCCCGUCGUCACCUCCAUCUCUGCACACGCGCAAUCUCUCACCGCAUCUCCGGCGACCACCGACCACCUCCGGCCACCGCUACUCCUUCCCUCUCCUGCGAUGGCGCCGCGCGCCGGCGGUCAGACCUACGGCUUCCCCAUCUACUGCGCCUCCUGGCUCCCACUCGCACACAUCAUCAAGCCCUCCCCAUCCGCCGACGGCGUCGUGGAUGCGGACGCGUCCCCGGCCCUGCCCUCCCCACCUCCGCCCCCCAUGGUGGCCCUUGGCGGAGGCGGAGGCGAGGGCCGGAGCGGCGUGCCCAACGCGCUGGUCGUCGCCGCCCUCGCCCCCGCCGCUGCAGCAGGGGCGCCUCCAGCGCUCUCCCCCGAGCCGGUGUUCAGGCUGGGGACAGAGGAGCAGGUGCCAUACAGGAUGGCCGUACACCCCCGCGGCGAUGGCGUCCUCUGCGCCUUCCCCAACGGCUGCAGGUUGGUGCAGUGGGAAUCACCAGAAGGAGAAGGUCCACAUAGCCUAGUUUUGAGAUCUGACCAGGAGGCUUUAGUGAAGCUAAAGGAUGUUGGUUUACAGUUGGCUGUGUCAUUCAGUGGAGAGGGUUCAAUACUUGCCACUGGUGGCGAGGAUGGACAUUUGCGGGUCUUCAAAUGGCCUGGCAUGGAAACCAUUAUUGAAGAUCCUGAUGCUAAAACAUCUGUUAAGGAUCUUAGUUUCAGUUCCGAUGAGAAGUUUCUAGUUGUGAACAGGAGCAGUGGCCCAUCUAGAGUGUGGGAUUUAAAGUCAUCUGAAGCUGUGGCUAAUCUGCCAAGAGAACAAGGAGAAAUAUUUGGCUUCUGCCGAUUUUCUACUAAGUCUGACAAUAGUCAGGUUCUCUUUGUUACAGCAAUGCAAGGUGAUUACGGGAAAAUAAUAUCUUGGAAUACUACCUCAUGGACAAGAAUUGGAUCAAAGAAAGUAACUCGUGAUGCGAUUUCAGCUUUUUCAGUCUCGCCUGAUGGUACACUUCUAGCAAUUGGAACUAUUGAGGGAAGCAUCAGUGUUCUAGGUUCAAGAGACAUGCGAGUGGUUGUAACAGUUAAAAAGGCGCAUCUUGGCAUUGUUACUACAUUAGCGUUUUCUCAAGAUUCAAGGGCCUUGCUGUCGACUUCCUUUGACUCAACCGCAAGGGUGACAUCGACUGAAUCACCCAAGAGUGAUGGUAUAAGCCUCUGGUCCAUGGUACUGGCUAUUAUACUCGCAAUUUUGGUAUAUUACUAUAUGCAGCACAAAGAAGAUCUCUUGGCAAUGUUGCCACAAUGAAAAUUUUGUUCAGCAUCUACUGAUAUCUCACUGCUUACCUCUGAUUAUCUGAUCUUGCACUGGAGAUGAAUGUUGUAUCGUGUCGGAGUUAGAGCAAUUUUUGUAUUUAGGUGAAAGAAAAACGACUCAAAAGCGUCCAGAUCCUUUUUAUCAUGUCACGCUGGUAUAAGAAGGCCAUCCUCUCCUGGUUUGUACAAUUGGUGGCCAUUUAUGAGUUAUACUAUAUAUAGGAGUAUAUGAUAACUUGUGCUAUGCAAUAUAGCUAUGGUUUAUGCUA